AUGGGAAAGUGGCGCGGGCGGCUGUACAAGACUGACCGUGCACGAGACUUCGACCACGAACUCGACCGAAAUGUCAGAGCGCGACAGAUCUACGAGACAAUAGAUCGACAGAAAUUUCAAUGGGUAGUGGUACUGGUUUCGGGUGUAGGCUUCUUCCUUGACGGAUUUACUUUGUUCGCGAGUAACAUUGUGACGCCCAUGAUAGCGUAUGUGUACUGGAGGGACGACUUAUCGAACCGAAGAAAUGUUCAUAUCAAUCUCGCAACGUUGUCGGGCACCAUGCUGGGACAGGUCAUCUUCGGCUUUCUGGCGGACAAAUACGGCCGCAAGAAGAUGUACGGCUUCGAAUUGAUUCUCCUCAUUGCUGCCACUUUGGGUGUCGUGAUGAGUUCUGAAGGUGCCGAGGGCAGUAUGAGUGUCUUCGCCUGGCUUAUUUGGUGGCGCAUCAUCGUUGGUAUCGGCGUGGGAGCUGACUACCCUCUCAGUGCAGUGAUCACAUCUGAACUCUCUCCUACAAAACAUCGAGCCACAAUGAUGGCAACUGUCUUUUUCAUGCAGCCUCUUGGACAGAUCUGUGGUAAUAUCAUCUCACUUGUUGUCAUUGCUAUCAGCCGAAACACCGAGACAGAUAAUCUCACCCGAACCUUCGAUCAGAUGUGGAGAUGGGUCAUUGGACUAGGUGUGGUUCCAGGAGUUAUUGGCGUGCUGUUCCGAUUCGCGAUCCCUGAGACACCACGUUUCCUGCUCGACAUUGAAGACGAUCCAAUCAAAGCAGAAUUCGACGCUACCGAGCUCUUCGGAGAAAGCCCCGGCGAUACAGACCUCGAGGAUGGCGCAUCGUCAGCAUCAGCUCGAGGCUCAGGUACUUCUGGAGGUCGUACCGACGAGAUCAUAAUCGCAGCACCACCUCUCACGACGCAAGCAGAGUGGACCAUUGGUGCACCCACUGUAACGCUGAACUCUAAUUGGACUCUUUCGAAGCGCGACAUAGUCCAGUACUUCAUCACAGAAAGGAACUGGAUUACACUAGCCGGAACAGCUCUCUCAUGGCUACUACUCGACUUCGGCUUCUACGGCAUAGGCCUCUCCAACCCGAAGUUCCUAGCGAAGACCUGGGGAUCCCUCGACAUCGUCGGCGCCACACCCUCCUGGCAAACCAGCCAAGACCCAAGCGUCAGCCACUUCGACAUGUUCUUCAACACAUCCCUCCACGCCCUCCUCAUCCUAAACCUAGGAAGUUUUCUCGGCGGUGUCCUCAUGAUCUCCUCAGCCGCCCACAUCAACCGCGUCAGCCUGCAAAAAUACGGCUUCAUAGCACUAACAGCCAUCUUCAUCGCCAUGGGCACAAUGUUCAUCACAACCCAGAAAGAAGGGGCCCCAGCCAUUGUCCUCUACAUCCUCGGCCAGCUCUUCUUCAACUUUGGUCCGAACUCCACUACCUAUAUCUUGCCCGCUGAGCUCUUCCCAACCAGAUACCGAGGCACCUGCCACGGCAUAUCAGCAGGUGCAGGCAAACUUGGCUCGAUCCUCGUACAGAUCUUCACAACGUACUAUAAUCUUGGAUCUAGCACGCCAGGAGAUGAAGGCACGAAGAGAUACGGCGUUGUCCUGAUUGUGUUUAGUGCGACAAUGAUCCUUGGGGCGGUUGUGACGCAGUACAUGGUCCCGGAUGUGCAGGAGAAGGGGCAGGGAUUGAAGAGAAGUUGGGGUGGGAGGUCGAAGACUUUGGAGGAGCUAGCGAUUGGGAGGGCGGGAGUUCAGAGUGAUGUUGUUGUGAGGGCGAGGAGGAGGAGGGAUCUGGACUGA